CAGUAUCUUAUUGGGAAAUCUUGUCGGCUUCGGUGUCCAACGCCGGACUGGUCAUUCCUCCAUGGCUGCUGCUGCUUCUGCUGUGAUUGCGCUGGUAUCUUCUCCUCUUCUCAUUCCUCCCCCUAAAUCAAACGCCCCUCCUCCUCCCUUCCCUUCCCUCUUCCACCGCCCCGUCCCAUGCCCCUCACUACCUCUUUCCCCUUCUCGCCUAUCAUCUCCAAGAUUCCACCGCUCCAUCCCUUUGAAGCGAGCCCCUCAUCGCGGGAACCGAUUCACUUGCAGGGCCGCGGAGUACAAGUUCCCCGACCCGAUUCCUGACUUCGCUGCAGCCGAGACAGACAGGUUCAGGACGCAUAUGCUCGAGAGGCUGACGAAGAAGAAAGAGCACUUUGGAGAUUCUGUCGGGGAAGUUGUCGAUGUCUGCACUGAGAUCUUGAGGAACUUCUUGCAUACAGAAUAUGGUGGCCCAGGGACACUCCUGGUCAUUCCGUUCAUCGACAUGGCUGAUACACUUAGAGAGAAGGGGCUUCCCGGAGCUCCUCAAGCGGCACGUGCUGCAAUAGUUUGGGCCCAAAAGCACGUUGACGAAGAUUGGAAUGAAUGGACAGUUGGUGAAGAUUCAGACUUGGAUUAGUUUUUACAAUGAAUAGAUUAGAGUUUCAUGUUCGUAGUCAGUCUUACGGAAGGUGUUUGAUCUUGAAUUGCAAAAAUGGCAUGCCACCGAAUGAUGAACAAGAAUCAAUCAAGGAUUAUGUACUUCUAGAUGAUGGAGUGUCAGGGGUAGUCUAACCAUGGAUGUAGGGUUUUGUUGAGUCAUUUUGUGGCUUUUUGUCCCUGUAUGUUUGAGGAUGAGUGGUGAUACACAAAUCAUACUCUGUUAGAAUUAAUCAUGAGUUGAUGCUCA